AAUAAAACCGUACAAUAGCAGCAAGCACAAUACUCUGGCGCAGUCGAGCCGCAGCUCAACAGCCGCGCACACACAGCAUCCCGAUGAUCCCACCACGUGGACCACCCUUUGUCCUACGUGGUUUUGCUGACGUGGCCCCUGUCUAAAAUUUGUACUCCUGUCUUAAUUCUUUUUAUUUUGAUUUUUUUUGCUUUAUCUUAUUUUAGAUUAAUAAAUCACCUUACAAUUAAAAUUAAAUAUUUAAUCAAUAAUAGAAUAAUAAUAAUACCAUAAUCGCGUGUUAAGGAAAUUAUUCCCUACAGUAGAUUUUAUUUGAGUAAAGGGAAUUCGGAAGUUUCUGAAUCAAUAUCAGUAAUUUGAAUUUCGGACCAAAUAAAAUUAAUUAAUUAUUAAAUUAUUAAGAACAUAAUUGAUUUUAAUUUAUUUUAAUUGUAAUUUUCAAAAUUAAAGAGGCUCCUCCUACUUUACCACGCCUUUAAAUUCCAGUACAGUCCUACUCACUCAGAAACUCACUCUCUCUUUCUCUCUCUAAAAACAGAAACACCUUUCUCUCUCUACACAUUUUCUGAGAAAAAAAAUAAAAAAUAAAAAAAAUCGGAUUUCUGAGAAAUUCACCGAUCAAUGGCGGAGAAUUGCAUCAGAAAACUGACGGUGGAAGUGUGCGACGCAAAGAACUUGAUGCCGAAAGACGGCCAGGGCACGGCGAGCGCCUACGCCAUCGUCGAUUUCGACGGCCAACGCCGCCGUACAAAGACCAUAUUCCGGGAUCUCAACCCCCAGUGGAACGAGAAGCUCGAUUUCUUCGUCCACGACGCCGAUUCCAUGGCGGCGGAGACCAUGGAGCUGAACGUCUACAACGACAAGAAGACCGGCAAGAGGAGCACUUUCCUCGGAAAAGUCAAAAUUUCCGGCAGCACUUUUGUCAAAUCCGGUGAAGAUGUGCCCUUGGUUUACUAUCCGUUGGAGAAAAGAAGCGUCUUUUCUCAGAUCAAAGGUGAGAUUGGUUUGAAAGUCUGGUACGUGGAUGAACAACCUCCGCCGGCGCCGGCGCCGGAAAAGAACGACGCUCCACCUCCGUCUGCACCAACAGAGGAAAAACCGGCGGAGAAGGAGGACAAGAAGAAACCCGAAUCCAAGGAAGAGGCAAAAAAGGAGGAAGAAAAAAAACCAGCCACGGAGGAGGCUAAUAAGAAGGAAGAGAAACCACCGGAGAACGCGCCGCCGCAGACGCCGCCGCCUCCAACACCGCCGCCACCUACCGAAGUGCAGCACCCACCAAUUGCUCAACAAAAAAGCACCCAAAACCCAGAAAAAUCCCUAAUUUCUGAGAACUCAAAACACAUGGAAAUCGAAUCAAAACUCUUCCAGAAAAUCAACAGCGGGAAGGCGGAUCGAAGAACAACCGCCUUCGAUCUCGUAGAUCCGAUGCCAUUUCUGUACGUUCGCGUCGCGAAAGCCAAGAUUUCGAAUCCGGACGCCGACUCCUCCUUCUUCGCGAAGCUCGUGAUCGGGACCCACACCAUCAGGACCAAAUCGCAAGCGGCGAACAGAGAGUGGGACCAGGUUUUCGCAUUCGAUAAAGACGGGCUGAAUUCGACCUCCCUCGAAGUUUCAAUCUGGGCGAAGAAGAAGCCCAAAGACAAAGACGCCGCCGCCGCCGACGAGAUCUCCGCCGGAACGGUGUCGUUCGAUCUUCAGGAGGUGCCCAAACGUGUCCCCCCAGACAGCCCACUCGCGCCGCAGUGGUACAGCCUGGAAGGUGAAGGGUCGCCGGGAAAUGACGUCAUGCUGUCGGUGUGGGUCGGGACUCAAGCCGACGAGGCUUUCCAGGAGGCUUGGCAGUCGGAUUCCGGCGGGUUGAUACCGGAGACCCGAGCCAAGGUUUACUUGUCUCCGAAGCUGUGGUAUUUGAGACUAACGGUCAUCCAGACCCAGGAUUUGCAGCUUGGUUCAGGCUCCGCGGGUUCCGAACCUAAGGUUCGGGUUCCGGAGCUGUACGUCAAAGCCCAGCUCGGCGCGCAGCUGUUCAAAACGAGCCGAACGAAUAUCGGUUUCACUAAUCCUACGUGGAACGAGGAUCUGAUCUUCGUAGCCGCCGAGCCGUUCGAGCCGUUUCUGACCAUCACAGUGGAGGACGUGACAAAUGGGCAUUCAGUGGGCCACGCUAAGGUGCAGGUUGCCACGGUGGACAAGCGCACGGACGAUAAAUCAGAGCCCAGAUCCAGGUGGUUUAAUUUAAUUGGAGACCAGGAAACCAAACCAUACGCCGGCAGAAUACACGUGCGUGUCUGCUUGGAAGGUGGGUACCACGUGCUUGACGAGGCAGCUCACGUGACCAGUGACGUCCGCCCCACAGCCAAUCAGCUCUCCAAACCACCAAUUGGCCUACUCGAAGUGGGCAUAAGAGGCGCCACCAAUCUCCUCCCCGUCAAAACCAAGGACGGUACACGUGGCACCACUGACGCUUACGUGGUCGCCAAAUACGGACCGAAGUGGGUCCGCACUCGCACGAUCCUCGACCGUUUCAAUCCCAGGUGGAACGAGCAGUACACGUGGGACGUCUACGACCCUUGCACCGUACUUACAAUAGGCAUAUUCGACAACGCGAGGUACAACAAGAGCGAAGCGGGCCCCGCGAAGGACAAGGACGUGCGCCUCGGGAAGCUCAGGGUGCGACUCUCGACAUUGGACACCAAUCGGGUGUACGUCGGCACGUACGCCCUCACGGUGUUGCUCCCGGGCGGGGCCAAGAAGAUGGGCGAGAUCGAGAUCGCGCUCCGGUUUUCGUGCUCGUCGUGGAUUAGUCUCAUCCAAGCGUACGCCAAUCCAACGCUGCCACGUAUGCACUACGUGAAGCCAUUGGGCCCCGCCCAACAGGACAUAUUGAGGCACAACGCUAUGAGAAUCGUGACCACCAGGCUGGCCCGGUCCGAACCGGCACUCGGCCAGGAGGUGGUCCAAUUCAUGUUGGAUUCGGACAUGCACAUGUGGAGCAUGAGGAGGAGCAAAGCCAACUGGUUCCGAGUCGUCGGCUGCCUGUCGAAAGCAGCCCAAUUCGCCAGGUGGCUCGACGGGAUCCGAACAUGGGCCCACCCGCCAACUACCGUUCUAGUCCACAUCCUAUUGAUGGCCAUCAUUCUAUGCCCGCACCUAAUUUUGCCAACGGUUUUCAUGUACGCGUUUCUCAUCAUAGCGUUGAGGUUUCGAUUCCGUCAACGAGUGUCCAUUACAAUGGAUCCAAGGUUGUCCCACGUGGACACGGUAGGGCCAGACGAGCUGGACGAGGAGUUCGACGGGUUUCCAACUACACGAUCGGUUGACCAAAUAAGGGUACGAUACGACCGGUUGCGGGCCCUAGCGGGCCGGGCCCAGACACUACUAGGGGAUUUGGCUGCACAAGGGGAGAGAUUGGAGGCAUUGUUCAAUUGGAAAGAUCCAAGAGCAACGGGUAUAUUUGUGGUGGUGUGCUUGUUUGCUUCUUUGUUGUUCUAUGUUGUGCCUUUUAAGGCGUUUGUGUUGGGUUCCGGGUUUUAUUACCUCCGACAUCCGAGGUUCAGGGGCGAUAUGCCGUCCGUGCCGAUGAACUUUUUCCGUCGCCUGCCGCCGCAGUCCGAUCGGAUUCUCUAGAUGGAUUUUUCUUUUUAAUGUUUAAUUUAAUUUAAUUUAAUUUUUCUUUUGGCUAGGGGAACUGUGAUGCACUUUCCCGGUGUACCUGGAAUAUUGGUGAAAUUAAAUACAAGUAAUUUAAUUUGUUU